AUGUCGGACUCCCCCCAAUCUCCUCCCAAGGAUGUCGACCAAGGUGUACAAUCACCGGAAGAGGAACAAAUGAACGAGGCUCAAGACCCACAGUCCGGUGGACUCACCUAUGAGUUCGAGGUCAAGGAGCAGGACCGCUGGUUGCCCAUAGCCAAUGUCGCCUUGCUCGCUCUCCGCUUCCACUCGCCGGUCCUUGACGUGGUUACGGAUCAUCUAAACAAAGCAUCACCAAAGACGGCAGCGAAGGACUAG